CUAUCGGCCUCUCCGCGACUCCGCCCGCCUCACGCCGCCGCCUCCCUGGCUCCCUCUCGGCUCGACUGCUAGGCCGCCGCCGCCCGCCAUCGACGUGCCCCGCCGCCCCCGCCCCCCAGGCAGCCCCGCGCGGCCGCGCCAAGGCGGUCUGCAGUCUGCUGCUCGCCUGCUCACGCUCGGAGGCCGAGUGUCCCGCGGCCUCGCGAGGGCGCGCGCCGACCAGGGGUAGCGGGUGCAGGCGCCAGGCGGCGAGGGGUUAGGGUUUUAGGAAACGAACCUCGCUAGGCCUCCGCGCUUCCCGUUCCCCUCUCAACGCCCCCGCCUCCACGGAAGCCACCGCACCAGCCUAGCCUAGCAUGGGGAAGAGGGCGAGGACGGCUCCGCGGCGGCCCCAGGCAGGGGGGCCUGCAAAGUCCAAGAGGACCGACGCGCUGGCGGCGAUUUCCGACUCGGACGACGACGAAAUUGAUGCCUUCCACAAGAAGCGGGACAUGAUCCCCUUCAAUGCCGAUGAUGUGAGAGAGUCGGAGGAUGACGAAAUGGAGCAGCCCGUGUUUGACCUCGAGGGUGUUUCUGAUAGUGAAACUGAUCACAGCGGAGGAGAAGAGAACAGUGACAUGGAUGAAGCAAAUUAUGAAGAAUGGGACAAAGGGUAUAUUGCAAAAUUAAAAAGAGCGGAGAGGGCUGUGAAACAACUUGCUGGAGGUGAUGAUAGCAUGGAUGAGAAAGAGGAAGAUGAAAAGAACACAGAUGUUUGGGGCAGAGGUAAAAAGGCAUAUUAUGAUGAUGGUGAACAAUCUGGUGACGAUGAGGUGGAUUAUGAGGAGGCACAAAGGAUCCAGAAAGAGAAUGAAAAAAAGCUUUCUAUGAAAGAUUUUGGAUUAGAAGAUGGUGAUAGUGAUGAAGAGAAUGAUGUCACAAAGCAGGCAUCCAACCAUGAAACCGUACUAAAACAGGAGUUUACUGUCUUAUCAGGCAAUGACAAAAUGGAUGUGUUAUACAGUUCUGCUCCUGAACUCGUUAGCUUGUUGUCUGAAUUGAAGGAGGUCCAUGAAGAACUUAAGGCCAUAGGACAGCUCACCAAUGUGGUUACAGUUGGCCCAGGCAAAGCUAAAGGUAGAAUGCAACCUUUGGAAGUGAAGAAAGCUUGUUUGCUGGCUUAUUGUCAAGCUAUUACCUUCUACCUCCUUAUGAAAGCUGAGGGGUUGUCCGUGCAUGAUCAUCCUGUAAUUUCUCGCCUUGUAGAGACCAAGAAUAUGGUAGACAAGAUGAAGCAAGUUACCGUGAAUCUAGGGAGGCAAAAGGGGAGCACUGAUGACCAUAACAUGGAUAGCAGCCCCAUCCAAGCUGAUAAGAUGAUCUCAUUGGACAAAGGGGAGGGUAAACGUAGCAUUGUACAAGCACUUGAUAAAGUGAAACAAGGCUCUGAUAUCUCUAAAUUGAGGAAGAGUGAGCCUUCUAAUAGUGAUCGGCAUGAAGUUAACAAAGAGAAGAACAAGGAUGAGCAAAUGGGCUUGCAAAGCCAGGAAAUGUUGAAAGUAAGAGCCAACCUUGAGGAAAGAUUAAAGAAAAAAGGGCUCUAUAAUUUGACAAGAUCAAAGCCAGAGAAGUUGUCAAAAACUAGGACAACUAGUAAUCGAAGAGACCUGCAGACAUUGGAUGACUUUGAUGAUGAAGUGCAGAAGAAUAAUCAAAUGAUAAAACCUAGCAAACUUGUGGCAGCUGCUGCUAAAUCAAAUAAAAGCAAGUUUGUUUCUGGUGAUGAUGACCUUCCAAAGCGAGAUAAUAUCGGUGAAAGGCGGAGGAAACAUGAGCUUCACGUCCUAUCAAGAGUAGGAGCUAACUCACUUGAAGAUGAUCAUGAGUUGCCAGAAGAUGGUGACAAUACUGAAGAUGACCAUGAGUUGCCGGAAGAUGGUGACUAUUCUGAGGACUUCUAUGAGGAUGUGAAAAGACAGAGGACUGAAAAACUGUCGAUCAAGAAUGAGAAGUGCUUAAUAACGCCUAGCAUUCAACCUGUGGAGGAAAUGGAUGGAGAUGGCAAAAGGAAGAUUUCAUAUCAGAUCGAGAAGAACAGGGGGUUGACACGAUCCAGAAAUAAGAAAAAGAAGAAUCCACGAAAGAAUUACAGGAAUAAGCACGAAAACAAGCUUGUCAAGCGUAAAGGCCAAGUGCGUGAUAUCAAGAAGCCCUCUGGUCCAUAUGGAGGUGAAAUGUCUGGCAUCAACCCGAACGUCAGCCGUAGUGUUCGGUUCAAGAGUUGAUGCCAGUUGUAAGGAUAUGAAAAUUUUGUGGCUGAACAUGAAAAUGUUAGGUUUUACCGUUUAAGGAUAGGAUAACUCCGGAUUAACUUCCUGCCACAGACCCCAAUACGUUAUUGAUUUCCCUCCUUGACUGGAACUAAAAUUUAUUUGCUCACUUUAUGUAACGAGACAAAAAAAAGCUGACUUGAACAAUGUGUCA